AUGAGUGAAGAGAUUAAAGUGUAUUAUGACCAUUUCGUUCGGUCUGCAUCAUACCAUAGCGAUGACAUUUGUACAUUGGACAUAAAUGGUCACCAAUUUCAAGUUCAGAUGCCUCAUUUAUUAUCCUUAAGUUCCAAAGUUUACUCAAUUUAUCAAACUGAUAUGACAACACGCUCUUUUUCAUUUUCUUGUGAAAUUAGAUCCAAUAAAACGUAUGAGUUAAUUCGAAAUUUACUGACAAAAGGAUAUUUUUCGUUUGUUGAUGAUGAUUUCAUAUCAUUAGAUCUCUACAAUGCAGGAAAACAGCUUGGGAUUGAUGAAUUACUAACACCUUACUCACAAAAAUUAAAAUCAAAAGAAUUAACAAUUGAAAAUGCAUUCUACUAUUUCAACAUCAACAAAUAUGUUGAUAAUGGAUCUAAAGUGAUGGAAUUUAUUGCAUUACACUUUUCUCAAUUUGAUAAAAACAAAAUGUUUUCAUUUUUAGCUUCACAAGAUAUAGAUGUAAUCGAGCGUCUUCUAUCCCAUCCUCAGUUAACAGCAGACAGUGAAGAUGAGUUUUUGGAAUUGAUUAUUAAUCUUUCUAGAAGAAAAUUAGAUAAUUUCAAAUUACUUUCUUUUAUUUUCCCAGAGUACUGUACAAAGAAAUCCAUUUCACUGUUCUGUAAUUUUGUUGACGAAUUUUAUACCGAAAUGAAAGAAUCAAAUUAUGCUGAUAUUUUAUGGUCUUUUUCCAAAAAGUUUUUCUUAAGAUCAUAUUCAAAAAUCAGUGAGAACAUUCUAACUAAUGAUAAUUGUACUUUCACAUCAUCAAGUCUUCAAGAAAAAACAAUUUACAUUAAUAACAUUUCUUUGACAGAAGAUGAUGAAAAAGAAUUUUAUACAAAAGAUAUACCUAAUUCAUGGGUUCAAUGCGAUCUUCAUAACAUCAGUGUUGUCCCAACAAGUUACUCAAUUAUUUCAAGAAUGCACUAUGAUUAUGAUUUAUUACAGUCGUGGAGACUAGAAGGAACAACAGAAGAUGGGAAGGUUGUUAUCCUAGAUGAACAUACAAAUGAUCCAUUUAAACAAGGACUUUCAAGAACAUUUAACAUCAAAACCAGAGAGAAGUUUAUCAAAUUUAAAUUAACACAAACUGGGCGAAGUACGACAGAUUACGACUUCUUAUUCCUUCAAGCUUUUAAUGUUUCUGGAAGAAUUUUAUUCCGCUAA